GGGUGGUGCGGUGUGGAAGCGGAAGUGGAGGGUGCGCUUGGCGGCGGCGGCGGGAGCUGUGGAGUCGGGAAUCAAAACAAAGGGCCUGGGAGGGCGGGGGUGAAGGCGGCGGGGCCGGAAUGUGAGCGGAGGUGGAGCUGGCGGCAGAGGGGGGAAGAAUGAAAGAAAAGAAAGAUGAAAGAAUGUUGAACCACUCUGUAUGGCUGUAUGAUGGAAGGAAACGGAACUGAGAAUCCCUGCAGUAGAACACUUGGAUGGCUUAAACAAGAUAAUGAUGCUAAGCCAUGGCUUUGGAAAUUCUCUAAUUGCUUUUCUCCUCCUGAGCAGACAUUGCCACUUAGUCCCCAAACGAAAGAUUACAUGGAGAACAAGAAAGCUGCUGUGGAAUUAAAGGAUGUACCAUCUCCCCUUCAUGCUGGCUCUAAACUUUUUCCAGCAGUCCCACUUCCAGAUAUUCAUUCUCUUCAGCAACCUAAAAUACAACUUUCAACUGUCCCCAAAGUAAGCUGCUGUGCUCAUUGCACUAAUGAACCCUCCACGUCGCCAAUGCAUUUUGGUGGUGGUGGUGGUGGUAGUGGAGGUACUGGUAGCUUGAUUCACACGGGCGCACUGUUAGACUCGCAAAGCACCAGGACAAUCACGUGUCAAGUAGGGUCAGGGUUUGCUUUCCAGUCUGCCUCGUCACUCCAGAAUGCCUCAGCUAGGAACAAUUUGGCAGGCAUUGCAAGUGACUUUCCCAGCAUGUGUCUAGAAAGUAACCUAUCUUCCUGCAAACACCUGCCCUGUUGUGGAAAACUCCAUUUCCAAUCAUGUCAUGGUAAUGUGCACAAGCUGCAUCAGUUUCCAGCUCUCCAGGGCUGCCCCUCUGCGGCUGGCUAUUUCCCUUGUUCUGAUUUCACGAGUGGGGCUCCAGGGCAUUUGGAAGAGCACAUUUCACAGUCGGAACUAACGCCUCACUUGUGCACCAACUCUUUGCACCUAAAUGUGGUACCACCGGUUUGUUUAAAGGGCUCACUUUACUGCGAAGACUGUUUAAACAAGCCGGCAAGAAAUAAUAUAAUUGAUGCUGCUAAAGUCUGGCCAAAUAUACCACCUCCAAAUACUCAAACUGCACCUAUCGCUAUCCCUCUGUGUAAUGGCUGUGGAACCAAAGGAACAGGAAAGGAGACCACGUUGUUAUUGGCGACCAGUCUAGGCAAAGCUGCUUCGAAAUUUGGGUCACCAGAAGUUGCAGUAGCUGGACAGACGCUAGAAAACUUACCCCCAAUUGGAGUUUUUUGGGAUAUUGAAAACUGCUCAGUUCCCUCUGGCCGGUCAGCUACUGCUGUUGUACAAAGAAUCCGUGAGAAGCUUUUUAAAGGCCACAGAGAGGCAGAAUUCAUCUGUGUGUGUGACAUCAGUAAAGAAAACAAAGAAGUUAUUGAAGAGCUGAAUAACUGCCAGGUAACUGUUGCCCACAUCAAUGCCACUGCAAAGAAUGCUGCUGAUGAUAAACUCCGACAGAGUCUCCGACGGUUUGCAAAUACACACACUGCUCCAGCCACUGUAGUUCUUGUGUCAACUGAUGUCAAUUUUGCAUUGGAGCUUAGUGACCUGAGACACAGGCAUGGUUUCCACAUAAUUUUGGUCCAUAAAAACCAGGCCUCAGAAGCACUGCUGCAUCAUGCUAACGAGCUGAUCAGAUUUGAAGAGUUCAUUUCCGACUUGCCCCCCAGGUUACCACUAAAAAUGCCACAGUGCCAUACUCUGCUCUAUGUUUAUAACCUACCAGCAAAUAAAGAUGGCAAGAGCAUCAGCAAUAGGCUCAGACGCCUGUCCGAUAAUUGUGGUGGGAAAGUGUUGAGUAUCACAGGCUGCAGUGCAAUUCUCCGCUUCAUAAACCAAGAUAGUGCAGAACGGGCUCAGAAGCGAAUGGAAAAUGAAGAUGUCUUUGGUAAUAGGAUCAUUGUGUCAUUUACUCCAAAAAAUAGAGAACUCUGUGAAACAAAGAGUUCAAGUGCAAUUGUUGAUAAAGUGAAGUCUCCCAAAAAACUUAAGAAUCUAAAAUUGUGCCUCAUCAAAGAUGCAAGUGAACAAUCUUCCAGUGCCAAAGCCACGCCUGGAAAAGGGUCACAGGCAAAUUCUGGAUCUGCUACAAAAAAUGCAAAUGUUAAAAGUUUACAGGAGCUGUGCCGCGUGGAGUCCAAGACUGGUAAUAGAAACAGUGAGCCUCUGCAGGGUAACGUGAGGCUGGUCACCCCUCCUCACAGUAAUCCAAGUGCUACAGUGCCGACAUCUAAAACCUUGGGGAUGGCAGAAUCAGUUUACAAAGGCAAUCAGAAAAAAGAAAACCUCAGUGCCCGAAGUGUUACCAGUUCUCCUGUAGAAAGAAAAGAUAAAGAGGAGACUAUGUUCCAAGUCAGUUACCCAUCUGCUUUUAGCAAGUUGAUUGUGUCAAGGCAUGUCGGACCUUUACUCACAUCCCAGUCUUGGUCUUCUCGGAGUAUGUCUCCAAACCUUUUAAACAGAGCAUCCCCACUUGCUUUCAACAUUGCAAACUCAAGCAGUGGUGCAGACUGCCCAGACCCAUUUGCAAAUGGUGCUGACAUCCAGAUCAGCAACAUAGAUUACAGAUUAUCCCGGAAGGAGCUGCAGCAGCUCAUGCAGGAAGCCUUUUCCAGGCAUGGCAAGGUGAAGAGUGUUGAGCUCAGCCCCCAUACAGAUUAUCAGCUCAAGGCUGUUGUCCAGAUGGAAACCUUACAAGAAGCAAUCAGUGCAGUGAAUAGCCUCCACAGAUAUAAAAUCGGCAGCAAGAAGAUACUGGUCUCACUUGCCACAGGAGCUACUAAUAAAUCACUCUCUUUACUGAGUGCUGAAACAGUGUCUAUUCUUCAGGAUGCUCCUGCCUGUUGUCUGCCUCUUUUCAAAUUUACAGAUAUCUAUGAAAAGAAGUUUGGACACAAGUUGAAUGUGUCAGAUUUAUAUAAGUUAACAGAUACAGUGGCAAUCCGUGAGCAAGGAAAUGGAAGACUGGUGUGUCUCUUACCUAGCAGCCAAGCCCGUCAGAGCCCCUUGGGGUCUUCCCAGUCACAUGAUGGCUCCUCAGCAAAUUGCAGCCCAAUUAUAUUUGAAGAGUUAGAAUAUCAUGAGCCUGUCUGCCGACAGCAUUGUUCCAAUAAGGAAUUCAGUGAACAUGACUUUGAUCCAGACUCUUAUAAGAUUCCUUUCGUGAUUCUUUCUUUGAAGACAUUUGCACCCCAAGUUCAUAGUCUUCUCCAGACACAUGAGGGCACAGUACCUUUAUUAAGCUUUCCAGAUUGUUAUGCUGCAGAGUUUGGUGAACUAGAAGUGGUACAGGAAAAUAGAGGGGGUGUUCCCUUGGAACACCUCAUCACCUGUGUUCCAGGUGUAAACAUUGCCACAGCACAGAAUGGUGUCAAAGUAGUUAAAUGGAUUCACAAUAAGCCCCCACCUCCAAAUGCAGACCCUUGGCUUCUGCGUUCUAAAAGUCCUGUAGGGAACCCCCAGCUGAUCCAGUUCAGUAGGGAAGUGAUUGACUUACUAAAGAACCAGUCAUCCUGUGUCACACCAAUUAGUAAUUUCAUCCCAUCCUAUCACCAUCAUUUUGCGAAGCAGUGCCGAGUGUCAGACUAUGGCUAUUCCAAGUUGAUUGAAUUAUUAGAAGCAGUGCCUCAUGUAUUGCAGAUUCUGGGACUGGGCUCCAAACGUUUGCUGACGCUUACCCACAGGGCCCAGGUGAAGCGCUUUACUCAGGAUUUACUAAAACUUCUCAAAUCCCAAGCCAGCAAACAGGUCAUUGUGAGAGAAUUCUCACAGGCGUAUCAUUGGUGUUUCUCGAAGGACUGGGAUGUCACUGAAUAUGGUGUUUGUGAGUUGAAUGAUAUCAUAUCAGAAAUUCCAGACACAACCAUUUGCUUGUCUCAACAAGAUAACGAAAUGGUGAUUUGCAUCCCCAAAAGAGAACGGACCCAGGAUGAAAUAGAAAGGACAAAACAGUUUUCCAAAGAUGUUGUUGACCUGCUCCGUCACCAACCCCAUUUCCGGAUGCCCUUCAAUAAAUUUAUUCCUUCUUACCAUCACCACUUUGGUCGGCAGUGCAAACUCUCAUACUAUGGAUUUACCAAACUACUUGAACUGUUUGAAGCCAUACCUGAUAUUUUACAAGUACUGGAAUGUGGAGAAGAAAAAAUCCUUACUUUGACAGAGGUAGAAAGGUUCAAAGCUCUCGCUGCCCAAUUUGUUAAACUCCUUCGGUCCCAAAAGGAUAACUGCCUUAUGAUGACAGAUCUACUCACAGAAUAUGGUAAAACUUUUGGCUACACAUUUCGUCUGCAAGACUAUGAUGUCAGCUCAGUUUUGGCUUUAACUCAGAAACUCUGUCAUGUUGUGAAGGUUGCUGAUACAGAAUCUGGCAAACAGCUUCAGCUGAUCAACCGAAAGUCUCUACGAUCUCUCACUGCCCAGUUGCUGGUAUUGUUGAUGUCUUGGGAAGGUACAACCUUUAUUUCUGUUGAUGAGCUAAAGAGACAUUAUGAAACCACCCACAGUACUCCUCUCAACCCCUGUGAAUAUGGAUUUAUGACCUUGACCGAACUUCUAAAGAGUCUACCUUACUUAGUUGAGGUUUUCACUAAUGAUAAGACAGAGGAAUGUGUGAAGCUUACAAGUCUGUAUUUGUUUGCAAAGAAUGUGCGGUCUUUACUUCAUACUUACCACUACCAGCAGAUUUUUCUCCAUGAAUUUUCUGUGGCCUAUACCAAGUAUGUUGGAGAAACACUGCAACCCAAGUCAUAUGGCUACAAUAGUGUAGAGGAGCUCUUGGGAGCAAUCCCUCAGGUGGGUCCCAGUCAGACGGAGCAGGAGCUUCUGCACCUGACCAGCAGCUCUCCUGUCGACCUCUUGUGUGAGCCCGUCCCUUCUUGUUUGCCAUCCCCUCAGCUGAGACCAGAUCCUGUCGUCCGCCAAUCUGCUGAUCUCAUUCAGUUUGAGGAACACCCUCAAGAUCCUUCUGAAAUGAUUAUUUUAAACCAAGAAGAGAACAUUGAAAUUCCAGUACCGAUAAAGAACGAAAAACUGACCUCUGAUCCCAGGUCAGCUUGUGUCUCAGCAGCUACCCCUGUGCCACCCUGCUCCUCCUCAGAAGCCCCAGAGUUGCCAUCCAGCAAGGACCCUAUGGAAAGCCCAGCCAAAAAGCAACCCAAAAAUAGAGUAAAAUUGGCCGCCAACUUUUCCUUUGCACCUAUAACCAAGCUUUGA